AUGUCUGGUGUUUCGAGAACCUUCACCGGCUACGCAGCUUACGAUCAGGGUGGCGUGUGCAAACCCUGGCAGUUCGAGCCUCGCCCGCUCGGUGACGAGGACGUCGAGAUCAAGGUCACCCACUGCGGUAUUUGCGGUUCCGACGUUCACACUCUCGACAGCGGAUGGGGCCCGACGCCGUACCCGUGCGUGGCUGGCCACGAGAUUAUUGGCAACGUCGCUGCCGUGGGUCCCGGUGUCAAGAACCUCGCCGUGGGCGACCGCGUUGGCGUAGGUGCACAGGCAUGGGCGUGUCUAAACCGCAAUCCGAAUGAUCACUGCCGCGACUGCGCUGAUGGUGAAGACGCCGUGUGCGACCAGGGUGUCUUCACUAUCAACGCCGCGUACAAGGACGGCUCCCGUCAACAAGGGGGCUUCGCGGAUUUCAUCCGUGUGGACAACAACUAUGCCUUCAAGAUACCAGAUGCCCUGCCGUCGGAGGCUGCCGCUCCGCUCAUGUGCGCCGGUGCGACGGUGUUUACGCCGCUGAAGCAAGAAGGUGUUAAGGCGGGUGACCGGAACAAAGCUGCUGGAAAUGUCGACUUCCUGCUGCUUACCGCUGACGCCAAGGAUAUGCCGUACGACCUGUACCUGAGCCUAGUUCGAAAGCGCGGCACGUUCAUCAUGGUGGGUCUACCUCCUGACCAGGUCAAGAUCACGCCGUGGUUUCUGGUCCCUCGCGCUACUCGCGUGCGAGGCAGCGCUAUCGGCAGCAUCCAGGACAUCAAGGACAUGCUGGACGUGGCGGCGAAGAGCAACGUGCGUCCGAUUAUCGAAAAGAUGCCGAUGAGUGAGGUGAACAAGGGGCUAGACAAGUCCGACGCCGAGUCGCUCGUGUCCCCCGCCACCAAGACCAAACAACCGCGCUACUCCACGUUCGCCAGUGCUAACGAUGAUCUCGACAAGACUCGCCAGGGUCUGCUGCACACUACGGACACUACGCCCGGCACAGCCUCGCUCUGGUCGCGCCUCUUCUUCUCGUAUGCCAGCCCAAUGAUGCGUGCCGGCAACACGCGCCAACUUGACAACGACGAUCUAUGGGAACUCGAGGGUGAGAACCGCUCGGCUGCAGCCUUCGACGAGUUCGUGGUGCACUACGAACGUCACGACAAGUCCAUCGUCAAGGCCAUGUUGACAGCCUUCGGAGGGAGAUUUUUCCUCUGUGGACUGGCAACGCUCUUCUCGACGGGUUGCAAUGUGUUCGCCCCAGCUGUCCUGAACCACGUCGUCACGGUGUUCGCAGCCCCGCAGAUCGACAUGUCCAAUCUCAGUGUCUGGCUCGGCGUCUUCUUCGCCUCGAGACUUGUGAAUGCAAUUGUGAUCUCGCAAAUGCAUUUCUACCUCGAGUUGAUCGCGCUACGACUAACAGUGACGCUCAAGGCGCUCUUGUUCCGAAAGGCCAUGCGUCGCAGCAUCCAGAGCAAAGGCGAGUCCAAGACGGUGGACAUCUCCAACCUCUUUUCGUCUGACGUUGACAACGUGCUGUGGGCUGCCUUCCAGAUCAACAGUCUGUGGGUUAUCCCGCUCCAGAUCGUGGUGGUGGUCUACAUGUUGUACGAAGUCAUCGACCUCGCUGCCUUUGCCGGACUUGGAGUCAUUGCCGUGUCGAUGCUGGUGGGUUUUAUCAUCGCGAAAAUAUCGGGAAACACGUUUGAAGACAUUAUGACACACAAGGACGACCGCAUGAAGACCAUCAAGGAAGUGUUCAAUGCCAUUCAGAUCGUCAAACUCAACGCGUGGGAAGACAAAUUCGCCGACAAGAUCCAGAAGCUUCGUGCUACGGAGCUCUCGGCUGUGAAGAAAUUCAUGUACUUGGGCGCUCUGAACAUUUUUGUGCUCUGGGCUUCUCCUAUUGCCGUCUCGGCUGUGUCCUUUGCUGUGUACGCCAUUGUUAUGGAGAAGGCGCUGACGGCAGCGAAGGUGUUCACAGCAAUUGCGCUGUUUAACGCUCUCCGAGACCCACUACGGGACUUACCCACAGUCAUCCAGACGUGCAUUCAAGCCAAGGUUUCGCUCGGUCGAUUCUCUGACUAUCUUGCACUGGAUGAGUUCACUCCUUCGAAUGUUAUUCGUCACGAUAUGGCCCAGCCCGACGACGUAGUCAUGGCAAUUGACGAUGGUACUUUUGGUUGGACAAAGGAUACGCCAUUGCUUACCCAGGCCAACCUCACUAUUAAGAAGGGUGACUUGGUAAUCGUGCACGGCUCUGUCGGCAGUGGCAAGUCAUCCCUAUGCUCCGCUUUGUUGGGAGAAAUGGACAAGCUGACCGGUAGCGUGUUCGUACGAGGUCGUGUCGCCUACUAUUCGCAGCAGACAUGGAUCCAGAACAUGACGAUCCGUGACAACAUCCUGUUCGGUCUGCCAUAUCACAGCAAGAAGUACGCUAAAGUGGUCGCAGCGUGUGGCCUACUUCCAGACCUAAAGCAAUUCCCUGGAGGUGACUUGACGGAGAUCGGACAAAAGGGUGUCAACUUGUCUGGUGGUCAGAAGGCGCGUGUUUGUCUUGCUCGUGCGUGCUACUCAGAUGCUGACAUCCUCUUGCUCGACUCCCCGUUGGCGGCUGUCGAUGCGAUCGUGCAGAGUCAAAUCUUCGGUGACUGUAUCUGCAACUUGCUGGCGCAGAAGACCGUCGUGUUGGUGACGCACAGUGCUGACAUUAUCGCGAGUAAAGCCGCCAACUUGAAGGUGCUGGUGGAAGACGGCAAGCUGACAGCUAUUCGACAUGACGUGGCUUUACCACGGAGCUCGUUUAAACUGCGGACAUCUCGUUCAGCGGUGGAUGAAGCUACUCACGAUGAUGAAGCCGUAAAGAACGACGCUGGCAAAUUAAUUGACGAUGAAGAGCGGGAAGAAGGUCGCGUGUCGAAGGAGGUCUUCGCCAAUUACUUUAACUCGCUAGGUGGCGUCAAGGUGUGCGUCUUCCUAUUCUGCGUGCAGACACUGUGGCAAGUGUUCCAGAUUGGCAGCGAUCUGUGGCUGAGUCACUGGACGGGACAGAAGGGCGGCUCGUACAACCAGCACGAGACUGCGUACAACGUGAAAGUGUAUUCGCUGCUUGGGGCAGGCGCCGCGGUCAUGGUCUUCGUUAGAUCAGCUACUGUGGCAGUUGUAGGUCUCCGAGCCUCGCGCCAUCUCUUUGACAACAUGACGGUGUCGCUGUUGAAGGCUCCACUCCGCUUUUUCGACGCGAAUCCAAUCGGACGAAUUGUGAACCGAUACGGUGACGACAUGUCCGCUGUGGAUUUCAUGAUCCCAUUCGCGUUUGGAGGAUUUCUCGCCAUGUUUUUCUUCACAGUGUGCCAGCUAGGAACUGCUGUGUACACCAUGAACUUUUUGGGUUUUCUGAUUAUCCCACUGGUGUGGAUGUAUGUCAAGAUUGCCAACUUUUACCUUGCGCCGUCUCGAGAGAUUUCACGCUUGUGGAAAGUCUCGUCCUCCCCUGUAUUGAGCCAUGUGACGCAGUCGGAAGAGGGCGUUGUGGUGAUUCGCGCCUUCGGUCAGGACACUGUUGACCGCAUGAUCAUGGAAAACUUCAUUCGCAAUGAUGUGAACAGCAAGGCUUGGUUUGCUGAGACCGUCACGUCGCAAUGGUUUCAGGUUCGCAUGCAGCUACUGGGCUGUGGGGUCAUUUUUCUAGUGGUGUCAGGACUCGUGUACCUUCGUGAUUACCUGUCUCCUGGUAUAGUUGGAUUGGCGUUCACGUACGCACUUAGCGUCGACAGCGGCCUCGCGGACCUUGUGCAGUCGUGGUCUUGGGUAGAAAUCCAAAUGGUGAGUCCCGAGCGAAUCCUCGAGUAUGGAUCCAUUCAAGCCGAAGGAAGUCAACGACCGCUUGUCAUUGAGCCUGAUGCCUCAUGGCCUCGCUCCUCUGCCGUCCAGUUCCAAGACGUUGUCUUUAGCUACAAGCCGGGUGCUGCACCUGUUCUCAAGGGACUAUCUUUCGACAUCCAGAACAAUGAAAAGAUCGGUAUUGUUGGACGUACCGGCGCCGGCAAGUCCAGCCUCACCAUGGCACUCUUCCGAAUCAACGAGCUGGUCUCAGGCCGCAUUCUUAUCGACGGUACAGACAUCGCCACCAUGCCACUGCGCACCCUACGCUCGAAUUUGUCCAUCAUCCCGCAGUCGCCCGUGUUGUUUAAGGGUACGCUGCGAGCGUACAUGGACCCGUUCGACGAGUUUACAGACGCGGACAUCUGGAACUCGCUUGAGAAAGUGGAUAUGAAGACGCAGGUGUCGGCACUGGGGGGUCAGCUAUCGUAUGAGCUAAGCGAGAACGGCGAGAACUUCAGUGUGGGUGAGCGGCAGAUGCUGUGUAUGGCUCGCGCUCUACUGACUCGAAGCCGCAUCGUGGUGAUGGAUGAGGCGACUGCGUCCAUCGAUCACGAGACCGAGAAGAAGUUGCAGCAGAUGAUCAAUCGGGACUUCCAGGACGCGACGGUGUUGACGAUUGCGCAUCGGCUGGGGACGGUGCUGGAUUCGGACCGUAUAUUGGUGCUGAGUGACGGUCGGGUGGUGGAGUUCGAUAGCCCUCGGGAGUUGGUGAAAAACACGAAUGGAGUGUUUCAUGCGUUAGCGAAAGAAGGAGGGAAUUUGGAUCAGCUGCUUUAA